AUGAACGUGAACUAUGCUUUGUCAAAAGAACAUAAGGCGAUGAUGUCAUCACACCUAAAUCAAACUGACCCUGAACUAGAAUUUAUGAUAAAGAAAGAAAUAUAUAGACAACAAUCUUCCAUUGAUCUCAUUGCAUCAGAAAACUGUACCUCCACAUCUGUUCUUGAUGCAUUGGGAACUCCGUUGUUAAAUAAAUAUUCGGAAGGGUACCCAGGUACCAGAUACUACGGAGGGAAUGAAUAUAUUGAUGAAAUCGAACUAUUAUGCCAAAAAAGAGCGCUUAUUGCGUUUCGUCUGGAUCCUAAAAAGUGGGGUGUUAAUGUUCAAGCAUUAUCUGGGAGUCCAGCCAAUUUAGAAGUCUAUCAAGCUAUUAUGAAACCUCAUGAUAGAUUAAUGGGCUUAUAUCUACCUGAUGGGGGCCAUUUGUCUCAUGGCUAUUUCACCGAAAACCGUAAAAUAUCAGCUGUUGCUAUAUAUUUUGAGUCGUUUCCAUAUAGGCUUGACCAGACUACUGGUUUAAUCGAUUAUGAUGCCUUAGAACAAAAUGCCCUUAUAUAUCGCCCAAAGGUAAUUGUAUCAGGCCCAACGUCAUAUUGCCGAUUGAUUGAUUAUAAAAGGUUGAAGAAAAUUGCCGAUAAAUGUAAUGCAUAUCUUAUGGUAGAUAUGUCACAUAUAUCUGGCCUUGUAGCAGGAGGCGUAAUACCCUCCCCAUUUGACUACGCUGAUAUCGUUACUACCACAACUCAUAAAUCGUUAAGGGGACCUCGUGGAGCAAUGAUAUUUUAUAGAAGGGGUGCAAGAAGUUGGAAUAAAAAAACUAACGAACCCAUAUAUUAUGAUCUGGAAAAUCCAAUAAAUUUUUCAGUUUUCCCGGGACAUCAAGGUGGCCCUCACAAUCAUACAAUUGCAGCUAUUGCAACUGCCUUAAAACAAGCUGCCACACCACAAUUCCAAGAAUACCAACGUCAAGUUCUAAUAAAUGCCAAAGCUCUAGAAUCUGAAUUUAAAAAAUGGGGCUAUAAUUUAGUUUCUAAUGGGACCGAUUCCCAUAUGAUGCUUUUAAAUGUUAGAGAUAAGGGCACAGAUGGUGCCAGAGUAGAGUAUGUUUGUGAAAAAAUUGCUAUUGUUCUCAAUAAAAAUGCUAUUCCUGGUGAUAAGUCGGCAUUACUUCCCGGAGGUGCCCGUAUUGGUACUCCUGCUAUGACAUCAAGGGGUAUGGAUGAGGCAGCGUUUUGCAAAAUUGUUCAAUAUAUAGAUAAAGCCAUUAAUUUUGCUGUAAAUGUCCAACGCUCUCUACCACCUGAAUUAUUUAGAUUAAGAGAUUUUAAAUCCGCAGUAAAUGCAAGAUUAGAGGAACUACUGCCACUAAAAAAAGAAAUCCAAGAAUGGGCUAUGCAGUAUCCACUACCAGUUUAG